CCGGCGGCUGCGCGCUCCGCCCCGUCCCUCCGCGCCCGCGCGCGCCUUCCCCGCCCUGCCCGUUCGCUCCGGUCGGGGCGGUUGGGCCGCGCGCCUGCGGAGGCGGGGCCGGGAGCGGGCGGCCGAGCCAAUGGGGCGCGGCGGCGGCGGCGGCGGAGGAGGCGGCGGCGGCGGCGGCGGCGGCUGGGUCGGGCCCCGACGGGCGGCGGCGGCUGAGGUGGAGGCGGAGGGCGGCGGCGGCGGCGGCGGCGGCGGCGGAGGAGGAGGAGGGGGGAAGAUGGCGGCGCCCGUCCUGCUGAGAGUGUCGGUGCCGCGGUGGGAGCGGGUGGCCCGGUAUGCAGUGUGCGCCGCCGGGAUCCUGCUCUCCAUCUACGCCUACCACGUGGAGCGGGAGAAGGAACGGGACCCUGAGCACCGGGCCCUCUGCGACCUGGGGCCCUGGGUGAAGUGCUCCGCCGCCCUUACCUCCAGAUGGGGUCGAGGAUUUGGUCUUUUGGGUUCCAUUUUUGGAAAAGAUGGUGUAUUAAACCAGCCAAACAGUAUCUUUGGACUUAUAUUUUAUAUACUACAGUUAUUACUUGGCAUGACAGCGAGUGCGGUGGCGGCCUUGAUCCUCAUGACAUCCUCCAUCGUGUCUGUGGUAGGGUCGUUGUACCUGGCCUAUAUUCUGUACUUUGUGCUGAAGGAGUUUUGCAUCCUCUGCGUCACUACCUAUGUGCUGAACUUCAUCCUUCUUAUCAUCAACUACAAACGACUAGUUUACUUGAAUGAGGCCUGGAAGCGACAGCUGCAGCCCAAGCAGGACUGACGAUGGCCUCGAUGAACUCCUGACUGACCGGCUCAAGUCCCUUUUGUCCCAUUAAGUUUAUUUUGCGGCAUUUUUUUUUUUUUCUUUUGGAUUCUUCACAACAGACACUUUCCCUGAGAAUCUUAAACUGAUUUUUUAAAAUCCUGUAAAUUAGAAGGGGCCCUAGCUAUUCUCUGUGUCGAUCUUCGUUUUAAAUGUGGAUACAAAAAAAAAAAAAAAAAAAGAAUAUGCCAAGCCAAUCAAAGACAAGCUUUAACUUUACUUUGAAGAUGUUUCUGAAAUAAUAAAAUGUAACCCUAGCCCCAUGCCCUCAACUGUAAAGUGAGCAACCAUUGCUAGUAAUCCUUUAAUGUGUAUAAAUUCAAUUUCAGGUAUAACAGAUGUGAUCAUGACAUGAAACUAUUUUAGAAUAGAUGCUGUAUUAAAUAUUGCCAUGUUUACAAUAUGUACUAUGUUUUUAGCUGAUGGAUUUAAACAUGUAGGUUCAACUAGAAUCCAUUUUUUGUGAUAUUUGUAAAUAAAGGUAGAAAUAUUGGAUGCAUCCCCGCAGAACUUCCUGUACGGUUUAGUUGAAGUAUAGCGAUGAAGUGAAUUCAGCUCAGUGUUGACUGAUGAAGUAGUGAAAAAGUGGUAAGCCCCAACAGAGCCUCUCGUGGAAGACGCUGGCAGCCUCGGG